GGCUCUUGGAGCGACAGCUGCAGUCCAUUCAAGACUCUGCUCCCACGAAGAACAAUUGAAAUUUGGUUCCUGCUGGCCCCAGUGUGUUCAGCAUGGCAGCUGUUAACUGUGUGCUGUGGGAGGACAACUUUCUGUGCCCUAUCUGCCUGGAUGUCUUCACAGCUCCCGUCACCACACAGUGUGGACACAACUUCUGCAAAGCCUGCCUCAUCGAAAACUGGAGAAUCAAUAGAUCACGCCAGUGUCCAGUCUGCAAACAUUAUUUCGACACCAGAACUGAGGUGCACGUCAAUACCUUCAUAUCUGAGAUGGUUGCUCAAUUGAGGCAGUCGGCCGUGAAAAGAUCCUUGGAAGUUGCCCUAGAAGGUGAGGUUCCCUGUGAUAUCUGCACUGGGACCAAGCUGAAGGCUCUCAAGUCCUGCCUGGUGUGUCUGUCCUCGUAUUGUGAGACUCACCUGGAGCGACAUCGGACAGUGUCAGGGCUGAAGAGACAUACGCUCAUCGAGCCUCUGGUAAACCUUGGAGGCAGAAUGUGUUCAAAGCACAAUGAACUCAUGGAGCGGUUCUGCAAGACAGACCAGAUGUGUGUGUGUCACCUUUGCUAUGAGCUUGACCACAACUCACACCAUGUUGUAGCCCUGAGUGAGGAAUGUGAAGAAGAGAAGUCUAAGCUGGCGAGUAGGGAGGCUGAUUUACUGUGCAUGAUCGAUGAGAGGCAGCAUAAAGUGCUGGAGCUCAGAGGGUCAGUGCAGCUCAGCAAAGAAGCUGCAGACAAUGCAGCAGCAGAUGGUGCACGUGUCUUCACUGUCCUGAAGCAGCAUUUGGAGACAGAUCUGUCCAGCCUCACUGAAGAGAUCAAGAGGCAACAGGAAAUUAAAGCAAAUCACGCCAAGGGCCUUAUGGAAGAGCUUGAUCGGGAGAUCUCUGAGCUGACAAGGAGAAACUGUGAGCUUAAGAAGCUGUCACGCUCUGAUGAUCCCCUCCACCUCCUCCAGAACUCCUCAACCCUGAGGACCGUCCCACCCAUUAAAGACUGGAAGAGAGUCAGCCUCCAUCAGCCAUCGUUUGUGGGGACCGUGGCCAGAGCCGUGGCAUGCCUCAAAGAGACACUCAGCAGAGACACAAUGGACCUGCUCAAGGCUGAACUAAAGAGGGUGCGGCAGUACGCAGUGGACGUGACCCUCGACCCUAGCACGGCGCACCCCACACUCACUGUGUCUCUUGAUGGGAAACAAGUGAAUCACAGUGAUAUGGACGUGACUCUUCCAGACAACCCGGACAGAUUCUCUACUUCCAUCCUCGUCUUGGGGAGGCAGAGUUUCGCCUCAGGCAGUUUUUACUAUGAAGUUGAGGUCAAAGGGAAGACUAAGUGGGAUCUGGGAGUGGCCAGUGGUUUGGCAAACAGGAAAGGACUAGUCACAUCAAGCCCAGAAGCUGGCUUCUGGACCUUGCAGCUAAGGAAUGGAAAUGAGUACACAGCACUUGCCGACCCUGACAUCUUGCUCUCGGUGAAAUCGCGACCUCACAGGGUGGGGGUGUUUGUAGAUUAUGAGGAGGGUUUAGUCUCAUUUCAUGACGUUGACACCGCAAAUAUUAUCUACUCCUUCACUGGCUGUGUCUUCAAUAACAGACUCCACCCUUUCUUCAGUCCUUGUUUCAAUGAGGGAGGUUUAAACUCUGCCAGUCUCACAAUCUCUCCUGUUCAUGAAGCUGAUGUUUUAUAAAGCUAUCCAUUGAUAUUGUGGCAAUAAUCAUCCACACACUUUAACAUGGUUUUUAAUUGUUUUGCCCAAGUAAAUGUUGGUAGAGUUGUUUCAUGUAUCGGUGACUUUUACUUUUAGCAGUCUUGAAGUGUAGAUAUGCCAUUUUUAAUCCAUUCAUAGCAGAAUGUUGUGCUAAAUAAACGUAUUAUUAUUGCUUAACAGAGAUAGAAUAACAGAAGUGGUGCACAUGGCAUACCUCACAAUCCUCUUUCCAAUGUUAUUAACUUGUUAUUAAUUGUUUUAGACGUAAUAGAGCAUAGUGAUUAAAAUCUAUCCAAUGUAGUGUAUUUAGUAUUUCGGUUUUGUUUCAGGGUUGAAACAAAUUCGUAAAUUGAAAGAACUACAAAUGAUUUACCUCAAUGUGAUGUUGUAUUUUAUGUUUUAUCAAUGAAUAUUCUAGUUAAUUUUUUAUCUCUAUUUAUCUUUUGUAAUCAGCAGUGGCUGGACAGUGUAUGGUCACUUUCUUUUCCAUGGUUUGUUGGAUGAUUAAAUUGAAUCUUGAAUAAGCCGGUGCUCAUCUGCCAAUGUUACAUGCAGCUGACCAUAAUUAUAAAAUUGACAUUGUGUU